AUGGACGUUACGGGUAUCUUUGCGAAUAUCGCGUACUACGAUAGUGAGAGGACGAGUGGUGUGAAGAGUUCGGUCAGUCAGAGAGGAGGCGAGGGUUGGUACAGCAGGCAAGGGGAUGUCAGUCAGGAGGAUUUCAGGCAGGGGGAUUCUAGGCAGGGGGGUAGCAGUCAGGGGAACGGCACUCAGGGGGAUGUCAGUGGGGAUUCUAAUUGCUUGGCGCGAGAGUAUAGUCGCUCGGCGAAAGAGCAUCGGCACGUUCCUAGCCGUUCGAUGGACGUUACGGGAAUCUACGCGAAUAUUCUAGAGGACGAACGUUCGCGGAAGCCCCCUGUGUCCCCCCGAUCCCCGCACGGCGGCUUCCGCUCCGCGGCGUCCGCCGUCCAACGCGGGGAGAGGGGCCGGUUUGCUCCCCCUUCCCCCAGAGCUUCCCCCAGAAGCCCCCGCAGCCCUCGCCUCCGCCCAUCCGCCCCUUCCGCCCCUUCCGCCGCUUCCGCUUGCGGCGGGCAGCAGCCGCUUGCACCGCCAUGCGACGGUGAGCGUGCCACGGUCGACUCGGACGAGGAAUUCGUUCAAAUGCUGCGCGACGUCGCGGCGACGCAAAACGGCGCAGCAGCAGCCGCCGCCGCCGCUGCCGCUCCUGCUGGUGCAGCAGCAACGCGUUUCGCGGAGACUCUUCGGGCAUCUCUCCCGUCCGUCGAUUCGGACGAGGAUUUUCUAGAAACGCUUUGCAGAGCGGCAGCAGUGCAGCGGCGCGGUUCGCCGCUGGGCCCUUCCUUGAGUCGUUUGGCGGCCGACACAGGGGUAGCUAGCCGCCCAAAUCCGGGGCUAAAUUGCCGCCCAGAUGCAGGAGUAGCUUGCCGCCCAGAUUCGGGAGUAGAUUGCCGCGCAGAUACGGGGGUAGAUUGCCGCCCAUCAGUGGAUUCCGACGAAGAUUUUCUGGAGGCGUUUUACUAUGCCGGCUCCACCGCCGCCGCCGCUGAAGGCGCGACGACGCAGCAGCAGCAGCAGCAGCAGCAGCAAUCACCGCAGCAGCAGCUGAAGCAGUCGCAAGGGUCGCAGGAGGGUAAAAAAGCGCAGGAUACGCAAAGAACGCAAGAGGCGCAGCGGGUGAAGCAGUCUCUAGACGUGUUGGCGCGACUGAAGGCUGACUCGCGGCCGUCAGUUGACUCGGACGACGGUUUCGUGGAGGUUUUCGGGCAGACGCAGGAGGAGCUGAAGGCACAUGGGAUGCAACGAACGCAGGAAACGCAACGGGUUAAGCAGACGCAGGAGACGCAAAGAACGCAGGAGGCACAGCGGGUGAAGCAGUCUCUAGACGUUUUGGCGCGACUGAAGGCUGACUCGCGCCCGUCAGUCGACUCAGACGACGAUUUCGUGGAGGUGUUUGGGCAGACUGUAUGGGAGCGGCAGGAGGGGACGGGCGCGUUGACUAGGGUCAACGACGAGUCGGACAGGCAUGGGCACAGGACAGAGGCGAGCGCGUUGACUAGGGUCAACGGUGAGGCGGACAGGCAAGGGCACAGGACGGAAGCGGAUAGGAUAAAAGCGGAGGCGGAUAGGCACAGGGCGGAGGUCAGCGCGUUGACUAGGGUUAACGACGAGGCAGAUAUUCGCGGGCACAGGACGGAGGCGGAUAGGAUAAAGGAGGAGGCGGAUAGGCACAGGGCGGAAGCGGCAAGGGCAGCAGCGCAGCUGCAGCGGCUGCUGGAGGGGUCGCAGCAGCGGCGGCGGUUCUCCGCCCUGCACCACCGGUCGCUUUCCUCACUGGUCAACGAGGACAACGCGGUCAACGCGGUCAACGCGGUCAACGGGGUCAAAGGCUUGUGUGAGGCAGAUCGAGAUGGGGAAGCAGAGCAGCAGUCGCAGCAGCGACAGAGGCACCUUGCGUUGCACCAUAGGUCGCGUUCCUACACGUCAAACGCGGUCAAUGGGGUCAACACUGUCAACGCGGUCAGCGGGAUCAGCGAGGUCAACGCAGGAAGCGGGGUCAAUGCCGGAAACCGGGUCAAUGGGGUCAGCAGGGUGUGUGAGGCAGAGGGAGAUGGGGCAGCAGAGCUGCUGCAGUCACAGCAGCAGCAACUUCAGAGGUCCCUUGCGCUGCACCAUAGUCACAACCACACGGCAUUUCCCCCUCACACUCCAUCGCCUCCCGCUCACACUCACUCUCCCCAUCACAUUCCAUUGCAUCCCCAUCGCAAUCACACGCACUCUCCCCCUCCCAAUCCGCCACGUCAUCCCCUCGCGAACCUGCGUUCCCCUCCGCUUUCCCCCUUUCCCCACGCGGACGCGCUUUUCCUCCGGGUCUUCCCCCUUCCCCGCGGGGGCGCGCGCUCCCCCACGCCUUCCCCCCUUCCCCACGCGGAACUGCCGCCCAUUCCUUCAGCAGCACGAUAUCCUCCCCCCGCGCCCAACCCCCCUGCGCUGCCCCUUCCUCCCCCCGCGCUGCCCCUUCCUCCCCCCGCGCUGCCCCUUCCCCCCCCCGCGCUGGCCCCUCCUCCGCCUGUGGAGCCGCAUUCUCCCCCACCACUGAUUUCCCCCCUUCCCCCCGCAAAAGCACAGUCCCCUUCUUCCAAGCCCAAACCUCUUUCCUCCCCCGAGCCUUCUUCCCAACCUCUCUCCCCUCCCGAGCCUUCUUCCAAGCCCCUCUCCCCUCCCAAGCCUAAUUCCAAGCCUUCUUCCAAGCCUCUCUACGUGCCUCGUGCUCUCACUCUUCGCAGCACAGCACUGGCAACAGCAGCAGCAGUAACAACAGUUACAUCAACAGCAGCAGCAGCGGCGACGGCGGUGGCGGCGGCAGCAGCAGCAGCAGCAGCUUUAGAACUACAAGACAGAGCAACAACAGCAAGACCAGCACCCAAAGCACCGGCAGCAGCAGCAGAAGCAGCAGCAGCAGCAGCAGCAGCAGCAGCAGCAGCAGCAGCAGCAGCAGCAGCAGCAGCAGCAGCAGCAGCAGCAGCAGCAGCAGCAGCAGCAGCAGCAGCAGCAGCAGCAGCAGCAGCAGCAGCAGCAGCAGCAGCAGCAGCAGCAGCAGCAGCAGCAGCAGCAGCAGCAGCAGCAGCAGCAGCAGCAGCAGCAGCAGCAGCAGCAGCAGCAGCAGCAGCAGCAGCAGCAGCAGCAGCAGCAGCAGCAGCAGCAGCAGCAGCAGCAGCAGCAGCAGCAGCAGCAGCAGCAGCAGCAGCAGCAGCAGCAGCAGCAGCAGCAGCAGCAGCAGCAGCAGCAGCAGCAGCAGCAGCAGCAGCAGCAGCAGCAGCAGCAGCAGCAGCAGCAGCAGCAGCAGCAGCAGCAGCAGCAGCAGCGGCAGCAGCGGCAGCAGCGGCAGCAGCAGCAGCACCAUCAGCAGCAGCAGCAGCACCACCACCACCACCACCAUCGGAAUUGUCAAUAGCAAGUCGCGUUUUGAGACGUCUCAAAAUCUUGAGAUGUCUCAAAGCAAGGUCAGUAUUCAAACCCUUGGUAGCACCGGGAGCAGCACCAGGAGCACCAGUAGCAAGGCGCCUAUCGCUGAAAGCAAGACGUCUCAAAACAAGACCAGCACCCAAGUCACCGACAUCACCAGGACCACCAGUAGCAAGUCACCCAAUUGGAGUUGCAGCAGCAUUGCCAUCGGCGCAGUAG